AAUCCCACCACAGCUAAAACCCACAAAAGCAACUUAACUUCUCCGAAUUCGGUGAGCUAGUUUCUCGAUACCGACCAAGCGCAAUGGCUGUCGUCCCACACAAGAUGAGCAGGGGUGAGAGGCAUAUGUUUGCAUCAUCCGACGAUGGUGCAAUGAUGAAGCAGAUUCAGGCGACUCAUUCCCCAGAUGGCCGGGAAUUCGCUGUCAAGCCUCUGCUUCACAUUGCUGAAGAUGUGUUUCAGAGGUCGCGUCCUGGUGUGCUCGCCAUUGGUGGUGAGCCUACGGGAGCUCAGCAGGCACAACUAGAUGCCUUGGAAGACAAGGUUCUGGAGAACGGGCUCCAUGAAACCCUUGAAAUUCUGUCCUUCACCAUCAACAAGAUAGCCUGUGAGAUCUCCUGCAAGUGCUCUGGAGGAGGAGAUGCACAUGCCACGACCAUGUCCAUCUUCAACAUAGUCUCGAGCUACUCGUGGGAUGCGAAAGUCGUGCUAGCCCUGGCCGCAUUUGCAGUGAACUACGGCGAGUUCUGGCUCGUGUCCCAGCUGUACCUCACCAACCCACUGGCCAAAGCCGUGGCACUGCUCAAGCAACUGCCCGACAUCCUCGAACGUGCCGACGCCUUGAAGACGAGGUUCGAGGCCCUGAGCAACUUGAUCAGGGCCAUGAUGGAGGUGGCCAAGUGCAUUGUGGAGUUCAAGGAGCUUCCAUCGCAGUACAUUAGCCACGACACGCCCGAGCUGCUGACUGCGACUGCUCACAUCCCCACGGCCGUGUACUGGACUAUUCGAAGCAUCGUGGCUUGUGCAACACAGAUCAUUGGCCUCAUUGGCAUGGGGCAUGAGUACAUUGCUUCGACGACGGAGGCAUGGGAGUUGUCUAGCAUGGCUCAUAAGGUCACCAACAUCCACAGCCAUCUCAUGAAGCAGCUCACUGUUUGUUACCAACAUAUUGACGAGAAGAGGCACAUCGAGGCAUACCAAGCCUUAAUCCGGCUUUUCGAGAUCGUACACAUCGACAACAUGAAGAUCCUUAGGGCGCUGAUCUAUGCCAAGGACGACCAGCUCCCACUCUUCGACGGCAACACCAAGAGAAGAGCAAGCCUGGACGUGCUGAGAAGGAAAAACGUCCUUCUCCUCAUCUCCGACCUCGAACUCUCCCACGAAGAACUCUCCAUGCUCGAGCAGAUGUACCACGAGGCGCGCCAGCAUCCCACGAGGCUGGAGAGCCAGUACGAGGUGGUGUGGAUGCCGGUUGUGGACCGUUCGACGCCUUGGAACGAGGAGAAGCAGAAGGCAUUCGAGCGGCUUCAGGGGAUGAUGCCGUGGUACUCCGUCUACCACCCUUCGUUGAUCGAUCUCGCAGUAAUCAGGUACACGAAAGAAGUCUGGCACUUCAACAAGAAGCCAUUGUUGGUGGUGUUGGACCCUCAGGGGAAAGUUGUGAACCCAAAUGCCCUCCACAUGAUGUGGAUUUGGGGUAGCUUGGCUUUCCCUUUCACUAGUGCUAGAGAGGAAGCUCUGUGGAAGGAAGAGUCCUGGAGGCUCGAGCUUCUCGCCGAUGCUAUUGAUCCUGUCAUCCUCUCUUGGAUAGCUCAGGGGAAAUUCAUUUGCUUGUAUGGAGGUGAGGACAUGGACUGGAUCAGGAAGUUCACCACAACAGCGCAAGCAGUGGCUCGAGCAGCAGGAAUCACCAUGGAAAUGCUGUACGUCGGGAAGAGCAGCCCGAAAGAGAAAGUGAGGAAGAACAACGUCAUGGUACAAUCCGAGAGCCUGAGCCACGUGCUCCCGGACCUCACCCUCAUCUGGUUCUUCUGGGUGAGGCUCGAGAGCAUGUGGCACUCCAAGGUCCAGCACAACAGGACCGUGGAGAACGACGCAAUCAUGCAGGAGAUCGUGACGAUGCUGAGCUUCGACGGCAGCGAGCAAGGGUGGGCCGUGGUUAGCAGGGCAUCGGCAGAGAUGACCAAGGCGAAGGGGGAGACCAUACUGAAGAGCUUCAUGGAAUUUGACGAGUGGAAGGAACUUGCUCAGGAGAAAGGGUUUGUUCCCGCGCUGAAUGAUUACCUGCUUGGCUUGCAUACUCCACACCAUUGCAACCGUUUGAUCCUGCCUGGAAGCACUGGGAGUAUCCCUGAUAGGGUUGUCUGUGCUGAGUGUGGCCGUCCCAUGGAGAAGUUCAUCAUGUACCGUUGCUGCACUGAUUGAGCAAAAUCAGUUUGACAGUAUCUUUUUCCUGUCACGUUUGAAGCUAAGUCCAAUUUCUAUAAUGGGUUUCUGACUUCCUGGUGCCUCAAAGUAUUCAUUUUUCACUGCUAGUGUGUGGUUUGUACUAUUUUACUGUUUCCCUUUGCAGAAUUGGGUUAUUGGUUCCUCAGCUGUAUUCAUUAUCCGUCAUUCCGAUUUUAAUCAGAGUAUACUUUGUUUGUUAUGGAUUCACCAUUAACAGUUUUCUCGGCUCCUAAUCUGAAUAGAGUUCCAAAGCUGCAAACUUUACGUCGAUCCCAGAUCAAAUAAACAUCACAAAGUACAUGAAAAGCAAAGCAUUUUCCCCUGUUUUGUCUGUUGCUUGGUAAAAGAAGCAUGAAUAGCCGAGCAAUUUCACUUGUUCCGUUCUUCAUCAGAGUAUACUGUAUUUGUUAUACAUCUCCAUUAACAUCCCCUAAUCUACAUUGAGUUCCAAAGCUGCAAACUUUCCGUCAAUCGCAGAUCAAAUAACAUCACAAAGUACAUGACAAAUCAGAACAUUUUCCCCUGUUUUGUUUAUUGCUUGGUAAAAGAACCAUGAAUCAAUGAGCAAUAACAAGAUCAAAGCUGCAAAUUUUGGUCAAAUACCAGAUCCAGGAAAAAAAUUCAAACCGGAAAGAGUUAAAAGACUGAAUGAGUGGAAGUGUACCAGGAGACAGGUAACGCAGAGCAGUAGAGAUUUAGAGAAAAUCAAAGCGCUGCGUUGUUUAAUACUGGCAUGAACAAGCAUUCAAUCUAUGCUUCGGAAACUAGAACAUCUCCAUUUUAGAAUUGGAGAGGUUCACCAAAAGAAGCAACCCAGAAAAUAAAAACAAAACUUACGAAUGAACAAAAACGCAUUGCAAGGGAGAUAUCAGCAAUCCAAUGAAGUCUACGCCCUGAUUGAAAACAAAGGGGCGCAGAUCGAAGAAUCGAAAAUUGGAGAUUGCAAGUAAAUCUACGCUUCCGUUGACACGUUCCAACUUGGGAUUUAGAAUUGGCCAAUCGAGGAACGCAACGCCUAUAGAAGCGAUUCAAACAGAAGAAAAACACACAAAAUCGGAUCAACUUAAUAAAACAGAGGAUAGAGAAGAGUAUAUGAGCGAGCAAGAGAUGAAUUGACGUCUGACGAUGCUGCUUCCGCUAUUGUAAUUAGGGUUUCGCGAGUUGGGGAAUUUAUAGCGGAAGAAUCAAGUGUGGCGUGGGAC